UGCUCUCUUACUGCGAGAGUCAUAAUUAUAAUAACUUAUUGGUAUCCGUGUGUUACUUGGGAAAUGACGACGAAGUACAAUGGCACGUAUGAUAUAUUUGAACAUGCUAUGUUCUUACGAAGAAGUCCUGAGUGUCUUAGUGUAAAUUUCGCGCAAAAUAAUACAUUGCGAGAAAAGUGUUGUACGAAAUAUCACAAUUUUUAUGCUGAAUAUUGGGACGACAACUACAUGAGGCUCGGAGUUUGGUUAAACUAUCUAUAUCAGUGGAAUUGCCCACAAUUUCAACAAGAAUGCAAGUCACACACUUAUAAUUUCAGUGAUUAUACAAAUAAACUUUAUCUACGUUUUUGUAAACCGAGAGAAUAUUAUGAGGAAUGUAAAAGUCAUUUUCAAGAUGCUGCUUAUAUUGAAAAAGAAUCGUUAAAUUACCCUACCUUUCCAGAGACGAUUGCUACUGGCGACUCAAAUUUUACAAAUAUAUCAAUGCACUCAGACAAUACAAAAUUGUUAAAAUAUCCAUUGGAGCCGUGUGUGCAAGCAUCGUUGGUGAAAAUUGGUAAUAAUUCCAUGCAGCUAAAUUAUGUUGAGGUAAAAGAUGUUCGUAUACCAUUUUGCAAAAUCAGCUGGUGUGCAUUCAGAUCGGAUGAUUUGAAAACAAAAGACUUGUCGUUGUCUCUAUGUAUGCCAUCAAUGUGCCAAGUAAAUCUCUACAUAUUGAUGGUCGUCGCAGGACUCAUGGGUACUCUAAUACUUCUUGCAAAUGCUAUUGUGGUUAUUGUUUUAUCCAAGAGCAUGGAUAAUAACAACAGUCAACGUAUUUAUAAAAUGUCUUUAGCUCUAUCAGAUUUUCUUGCAGGACUUGUUGUUAUGCCUUCAGUCAUAAUAAUCAUAAGGCAAAGUUUUUUUCAACCCGAAAAAAUAUAUCACUCUAUAGACGAGCAGGGAAGGAAAGUGUCUGAAAUGUCCGAAUUUCCGAUGCCAUACUGGUUUUUAAACAUGGCUGGGUUUUUUACGACUAUGUCUCUUUCUAUAUCAAUCUAUACAUUAACGUUGGCAAGUUUCGAUAGAUUGUUGGUUGUAUAUCGUCCUCUCGCAUACAACAAAUAUGAUGCGAUAAAUCGGGCCAAAACAUUGGUUGUUAUAACUUGGAUAGCUGGAUGUUGUCUUGGACUGGUGCCAUUUAUAUUCGAAGGAGUGGAUUAUUCAAUAACAGCUUCGUGGAUCGUAUUAUUUGAAGGAGAAAUUGCGUUAAUUGUCUACUCCGUAGCAUUAUGUCUUCCUUUAUUAUUAAUGUGGGGUACUACAAUUAGCACGUUGGUAUUGUUCAAGAGGAAUAAGUCAAGUUCCGGCCAGUGUCUAGAUGACCGUAAUCUUAUGAAAACAUUAUCUAUAAUGACAGGAGUUUUUUCUCUUUGUCUUGUACCUUCAUUAUUGCUCAUGCUAUGUACAUUACUUCUAGAGGGGACUGAUAUUGAUGAUCCUAGAUAUUUCAAGCACAACCAGUCGAUGGUCUUGAUAUCAAUGGAGGCAGUCACGGGAUUUAUAUUAACAUCUAAUAAUCUUUGGAAUUUUUUCAUUUAUAACAGCAAGGCUGAAUUCCGAUCACAAGUUCGACUGUUAUACCAAAGACAAUUUCAAAAGAUUCUGGGAAAAAUUUCACGCAGACAAAGCAAUUCAUCUUUUAAUUCACGAAUUGCUUCUAGACCAGUUUUAUCUCAGUAUGUCAGCAGUUACAACUAAUUGUAAACAAUCAAGAUUUCAUUGCAAUAAGUUCUCUUCAACUUGAACUUUUUAUUGGAAUAUUAUUUUUGAAUUUA